CGAUCAUCGAAGGUUCAUGCCUCGGUUGUCCUGUACUUCAGCGACCCCGAUGUUGCGGACGAGUGCAUCUCCCGCAAGAUCUCGUGGCAGGGCACGCUCUUGCGCACGGAGAAGUACCGCCCCCAGCCCAUACAAUGCUAUAACUGCUUCCGGUUCGGACACAUCGCCUCACACUGCCGUCGGCCGGCGACCUGCGGCAAAUGCUCAGAGCAACAUCGUACCUCCGAAUGC